CACAGCUCUGCAAGUUGGAGAGCUUUAAAGAGUAGCUGCAGGAGCUUGAGCACAGGUGCAAUACAUUGCUGGGGAGCUGCAGACAGGUCUUUACCACUGAGAGGUCAGACUAUCAUCCCUUGAGGAAAUGAAGGGGAGUACCGGCACUCGCUGUUUCCAGGCUAUUCUCAUUUUAGGAAAUGUGGUCAUUGGGUUGGCCGGUCUUGCCCUCAUGGCGGAGUGCAUAUACUUUGUGUCGGACCAAAACCGCCUCUACCCGCUGCUCAAUGCCACAAACAACGAUGACCUCUAUGCGGCGGCCUGGAUUGGCAUCUUCACCGGCUUCUGCCUCUUCUUGUUGUCCAUCCUGGGUAUCAUCGGCAUCAUGCAAUCCAACAGGAGGAUACUUAUGGCUUAUUUAAUAUUGAUGUUCAUCGUCUACUGCUUUGAAGCGGCGUCGGCUAUCGUUGCAGCGACACAAAGAGACUUUUUUAUUUCCAACCUAUUCCUGAAACAAAUGUUGGAGUAUUAUCAGAACACCAACCCCAGCAACAAUGACCAACAGUACAAGAUCAACGGAGUGACCAACACCUGGAACUACCUGAUGCUUAUGAAACACUGCUGUGGUGUGAACGGUCCGGCAGACUGGCAGGACUACACGUCCGCCUUCAGGUCAUCCAACAGCGACUCUUCCUUCCCCUGGCCCCAGCAGUGUUGUGUGAUGAACGCCAACGGACAACCAGUAAACCUGCAGGGCUGCCGGCUGGGGAUCUCUGGAUACUUGCAGCUCAAUGGAUGCUAUGACGAGAUUGUCGGCCCAUUGAAUCGCCAGGCCUGGGGGAUAGCCUGGUUUGGAUUUGCGAUCUUGUGCUGGACGUUCUGGGUGCUGCUUGGCACUAUGUUCUACUGGGUACGAAUUGAAUGCUAAGACGGACGACUGCUCUCCUGAGUCCUUGGUUGUUUUAGGGUAGAUCCACAAUCGCGCCGCCAAUAUGGAAGACAGUUGUCAUAGAUCCCUUUCCCAAACUUGGGCCACUUGUUCUGACUUAUGAAAUAUUGGCCCGUGGACCUGUGUGUUUUGGGGGGGAGGGGGUUAAGUUACGCUGCACGACUAUUUUAAGUCGGAUUGUGUUAGAAGAAGUAUUUUUGUGUGUGUACUGAAUAUAUGUGAUGCCCAGAAGCUUGCAGUCUUGCAAUGUGGAUCUUUCAGCUGAAGGCUAAUCAUUGACUUUCAGUCCUUUAUUUCCUCUGGAGUGUUUUAGGAAAGUUGUCGUGUAUCUUAUACUGCAUUUUUAUUUUAUUUCGUUUUGUAUUUUUUUAUUUUUUAUUUUGCAUUGAAGUUUAACAAUCCGAUACCUAUGGAAAAGUAACAGUAUUAAUCUGUUGCACUCUUCCAUUCACACAUCGGUCACUGGAGAAUCGUUACAUUACACUUAGGUGGCCCACAUAGUUAAAAGAAAACAUAUUGCUUAAAAUACAUGUUGAUCCCAUUUACGACUUUUGGCCGUCACAAACCUAUAGCGGGGAUAGUCAAAUGUUUGGAAAGUCAGCUGGGUGUCUGUUUUCCCCUGACUAUUAGAUAGGAAAAAACAGACACCCAACCGACUUUUCAAACAUUUGAAUUACCCCCAAAAAGUCUAUACCUAAACCCGGGAUUUUUCAGUUUCUUUCUAUUCCUGGGAAUGUUCCCUUUGUACUCCUACCUCUGUCAGCACCAGGAGACUUCCUGUUGUAAAGAACUGUGGUAAUACUGCUACACGUAUCUCUCUCUGUGGCUAUUGAAGAGAAGCCUCAGCCGCGAUAAAAGGAUUUUUUUAUAAGGUCCACUCGUGGUGUGGUUGUUGUGGUUUGUUUUUGUUUUUUUUAAGAUAUAUGGGAAUGAAACCCUAAAUGUAACAUGUAUGUACUCUUACAAACAAUCACACCGUUUUAACACUACUCCUUUUCUAUAGUGCAAACAAGAGUACUUACCCCCCCCCCCCUUUAUCCUCAACCCACAAACUGUAUGUCCCCCUAUCAUUUGCAUAGAGUACAUUAGACCAUUAAAGGGGCUUUACAUAUAUACUAAACAAUAGUCUUUCUAUAUAUCGGCUCUGGUAGCCAGUAACCCCGGCUCCAAUGCAAAUGACCAUUGAUAUGUAAUAAGCCUUUUUAUGCGACGACCCCGCCCCUACCCCUAUUUAAUACUCCCUUUCUCCCUCCGCAUUCUUUGUGUUGGAGGAGCCGGUCCGGCCAGAAAGCAGCUUCUCCUUUAGCAAACUGGAAAUACUUAUUUAUAGAGACUCUGGGCCCCACCACCGGCCCUGCCCAGCAAUGCCAGACCGCCUGUGUGGAUAAUGAUCUGUGAUUAUCCUGUGCCACUAAUGUAACACUUUUAAUAAAUCUUUGUAUGUAAAUGUAUCACUAGUUCUGUUAUAGAUUGUCUGGGUACAUAUGUCUGCCAACCUUAUUUCUAAAUCAAUAAAAAACCUAUUAAAUGAAA